CGCAGGUUCGGCUGAAAGUUAAAGAGAGAAAGCGUGUGGUCUACCGGUACCGGUACUAGUACUUGUACUUGUACUUGUAUACUCGAGUAAUAGAAGGGACGAAUGUUCAGCUCGGGAUGUUUCUUUCUCUCUCCUUAACAGGGCUGGGUUUGGCUGUGUUCUCAUCAAUAAGCGUUUCAUGUUUUCCUUGCCUCUGGAGGGAGAGAAGAGUAAGAUCAUGCAGUGAGGAUCAAUGCUAUUCAGAAUCAUAAUAAUAUUUAUGAUUAUAAAAA